GGCAACAUGUUCAACCUUCUAAUUUGAAACAUGAAGUUAAGAGUAGUAUCUUUAUUACUGUACAUCUGUACCAGUUGUAUCAAAUUAAACCGAUCACAAAUAUGUACAUUGGACAUGGAAUGCCAUUUUUUUGACUGGUUAUCAUGGAGUCCAUGCACUGGAACCUGUGGCUCACAGACACGAUACACAGACCGUCACAUGUGCUGCUCGAUACAACCGGCUACUAUAGAAACUUGUCUAACCAGCUGUAAUAAAAGUAUAAAUUUCCCGAUGCACAGAACUCAGUCAUGCCGAAUUUGUGAAAAUGGUGGCGCGCUAAAACUUGCCUCUCUGUCUUGUAAAUGUGGUCCGCAUUAUAAGGGUGGUUGCUGCCAAGAUCUGGUAACGUGCCAGGAUGAUCCUUGUAAACAUGGUACCUGUACUUAUGAAGGGGUAACGUUUACCUGUACCUGUGACAAGGGAUAUACCGGGACAGUCUGUGAUACACUGGAAACAUUGGAACUUCCGGAGUCGGUUCGAUAUGUAGAAUACGGCUUGCUGUCACUGGUGUCCGUGAUAGGAGUUAUGGCCACCGGAUGUGUUUGUCUGAAGUGUUGUCAAACCUUUGGCAUCAACAAGAAAAGUGGUACUGACGAUGACGAUGAUGAAAAUGAAGACGAAAAAUGGAAAAAGAACAGGAAGAAUCUGAUUUUUCCAGAAAAAGACUCAAAAUCAAAGAGAGUUCGGCUGGAUUUUUGAAACCAAAAGAAUGACAUUUUAAGUACAAGUACUUACUCGUAUGGUUUGCCGCUAGAUUUACUAUAGAUUUACCCUUUAAACAAAAUCCUUUUUUGGAAGGUUUACAUACAACACAAGCAAGAGUAAAAAAAUAUGUAAAAUUUGACUUAUCUAACUUAUCGAAUUGAAAAAGGAGAAAGAUUCGAUAUUCAUAGUUUAAGUAUCAACUUAGAU